CAGGGCGGGAUCGCAGCAUCCCGGAGCUGCCAAAUCCAAUUUAUUUAUUAUUAUUUUUAUUUUUUAAAUUUAAAUUGGCUUUCCCCCCCAUCCCCCUCCCCCUCCCCCUCCCACCCCUCCUACUUGAUGGGUUUCACGCAGCAAAGAGAAGCAGCACGGGGUGAGGUCAGUGCCCGAGAGCGGCUGGACGCGGAGGCAAAAAACAUCUUCGAGGGGAGAAAGUGACGGAGCGAGCGGAGACGGAUCACCGGGAUUUCCUUUUCCUUUUCCUUUUCCCACCAGCGCUCGAAGAGUCUCCUUUUAUUCGAAUCUUUUUUGCAGUCUCGAUUGUGAGUUGCGUCAUUGCGCCGUUCGCACGGGAUUGCUCACAUUUGACUAAAUCAUUUUUAGACCACUUGAAACCGACGCGUAACGAGCUGGGAUCUUUCUCUCUCUCUCUUGGAAUUGCCGGAAUACUGCUCAUCGCGUCACAUCCGCGAACUGCCUCGUCGUGUGGAGAUAGCGGCGAGAGAAAUGUAAACGCGACCCAGGGACGCGCACUUUGCGCUGCGCAAUUGUUCCGCCGAGGACCUGUUUGUGCACCCUUUGCCCUCCGUUGGGAAAAAAAAAAAACACAACACAAAAUUGGCAGACGAUCCGAGAAAUGUUCAAAAAGCUUGUCAAGAGUGGGAUUGAAAUCGCAACGGGUCGUGGAGGAGGAAGAGGAGGAUAAACUUCAUCUCCGUUUGACAUCGACGCUGCUGGAUUUGAGCAACAAAAAAAAGGAAGGAAGGAAGCAUUUCUAAUUGGGAGCGCACAGCUUGCUCGCUCAAUGUUUUCCGUCUGCAUGGAGCUCUAGUCUGCACGGCGCAACAAUUGAUGGAACAGUUUGGAUGCCCCAGCGCAGAAAGCGAGGUCCUUUCAAUUAAGGCAUGGUGUGGGAAAACUUGACCAAUUUCAACCCCGUCAAACACCUUUGGGAUGAACUGGAUUGCAAAUGAGACCUGACAAAAGACACAAACAGAAAGGGUUUCAUAGGCAGGAGAUAUGCUCGACUAGCUGUGUGGAGUAACACUGUGCACUGAUCCGGGGUCAGCCCAGCGGCCCCCAGCGCAGGUGCGUGUUUAUCAGUCAACACGUGCAGCUCAGAAGCCUCCAAACGUAGGCAAGCCUUCCCAAACGCAUACUGGGUUGGCCGCAGAACUCCCCCGGCUGUCGUACUGUGCCCACCUCGCCAUGCUGGCCUGUCUACAGAGGAGGCAGAACCCUCCACCCCAGCACCCGGUGUGUGCCAGCAAGAGCCUGGAGCCACCGCAAGCCCUGGGACGCAAAUGCAGCCAUACGAGCCAUUCCCAGCUGAUUAAUAGAGAAGAGAGACAUCUGAAAAACAACAGCUUGCGGGUCUCUUCAACAGUCGGACAAUAUGCACGGCUUGAAAACGCAUGUGACCUGGUGGUGCCUACACAUUCGCCUCGCUACCCCACCGCGGCAGAACUCGAUGCCUACGCUCAGAAGACGGCCAACAGCCCUCUGUCCAUCAAGAUCUUCCCGACCAACAUCAGGGUUCCCCAGCACAAGCACCUUAACCGGACUGUAAAUGGAUAUGACACCACCGGCCAACGCUACAGCCCCUAUCCACACUUCCACACUGGGGGCUACCAUGGCCUGCUUGCCAUUGUCAAGUCCUCUUCCUCCCCGUCAUCAUCGUCCACCGCCACCUUUGUCUCAGCAAAAGGUGUUCUCAAGAACUCCGAAGGCAGACGGACUAAGCUCUCUCCGGCCCACAUUGCGGUUGCCCCAUACCCACCUAGUAGUAGCACUUUAGUCACUGGCCUGAGCCAGAUGGGAUAUCAAACGGGGCCCGCAAAGCCUCCAGAAGGCCCUGGGUUGUCAGUACCCCCCAAUGUCACUGUAGCUGGCUCAGUGAUUCCUGUAACAGGGGGGCGUGGCCUGCCUCUCCCCGCACAGUCCAACCUCCCCUCCAUCCAGAGCAUCAUUUACCAGAUCAACCAGCAUUGCCAAGCCCAGGCUCUGCAGCAGGUGUGUCAAGGGGCGCCACCUUCCAAUUCCAGUCCCUCCAAGCAGGGCACCACUGUCAUGGGGGUCUCCUCUAGCUCCUCGGGCGGCGGUUACCUGGUGGGACUUGGUCCGCAGGCCAACAUGGUGUACGCGGGCCAAGGGCUGCCGGCUCAAAACACCGAGGCGGUGAAGAACGGGGUUUACGCAGACGGUAUGGAUUACAUCCUCUGGCAGAAGCAGCAGCAGCAGCAGCAACAACAGCAGCAGCAACAACAGGCAGUGCUACGAAUGUACAGCGGGGGCAGCGGAGGGGGAGGGGCCAUCAGCAAGUCCCCUGAAAGCUGCAUUCCGGUCGGCGGAAUCUUGGCGGGGCAAGUCUCCUCCUCCUCGUCCAGACCUUACCACCUGACGGCGAGCGGGCUGGACAAAGUCAGCUCCUCCCCGUUGAACUGCAUGGCCAUGCAUGGGAAUUUCUCAGUGGGUCAGUACUUUGCCCCACCGUGGAACAGUGUCCUGGUGACACCUGACAGUGACUGCUACAACCCUCAGGAGCUUCUGGUCUCCUCCACGGGUGGGCCAGCCACAGGCCACAGAGAAGUGGGCUACCCGCACCAUCCCUAUCACCACCACCACCACCCUGCCGUCGACAGCGGAGGCCGUCUGUGUUGCAGCCUGCCCAGCAAGAGCUUGUGCAACACGUCAGUGCUGAGCAGCAGCUUGCAGUCUCUGGAAUACCUGAUCAACGACAUCCACCCGCCGUGCAUAAAGGAGCAGAUGCUUGGCAAAGGCUACGAGACUGUGUCGGUGCCACGUCUGUUGGACCACCAGCACGCACACAUCCGCCUCCCCGUUUACAGAUAGAGGCGCGACCGUAUCACAAGAAUCAAGUUGUGAAUUUGUAAAGAAAAUCUGCGAAAGUGAAAGGACAGAUUCCAUUUUUGUGGGGGUGACGAUUGGCUUUAACAGGUGCUGCUCGCGCGAGCUUAGCGAGAAGAGCUGUCGUCGAUCGACGGUGGUUGGUUUCAAGAAUUCCAAAUAAGAAAAGGCAGUAGUAAUUUCCAGAUUCUCCCGAUGAUCCAUUGUGCGCUUUGCCAAUAGGAAUUUUGCAUUGAUUUAUUUGUACUUCCUGUUUCCUUUUGUGUUGCUUAUGUUUUACUUGCCUGAACGUUUCACUUUUCGCUCUCUUUUUUGGUUUUCUUUUCUUUCUGAAGUGCUUCCGCCACUUCAUGUACCCCCCCCCCGCUUCAAAUACGAAGACUGAAGCGACUGUGUAGGUUGUCACUGAAAUCAACGGUCUUCACGGGACCAAAGUUUAGGGCUGCUCACCACAUCCAAAACCACAUGCAGAUGGAUGAAGACAGACUCAGUGAAAUCAGAGCCAGGACGCUAGUGUUCUGCGCAAGAAUCAUCACAUCUGAUUAGGAAAGGAUAGUACAUUAUUAUUGAUGAUUGCUGUUAUAAUUAUAAUUGAUACAUAAAUUGCACUGCUUGAAUCUUGUUAACUUUGAAGUUUGGAAUUGGGUAGUUUGGAUAUGAUAUAUUUAAGAAACUUGAAAAACUUGAACCUAUUUUGUGUUGUUUUCUAUAUUUGUAGGUAUAUUAUAUGCAUUGGCUGCUAUGGGGGCAAAGUGUCUCUGAUGCUUUGUUUAUUUCAACUUGGUUUUCGAUGAUUUCAAUCUUUUCCUUUUCAAGCAAAAUGUGCAGUUUUUUUUUUUUAUGUUCUGAUCGGAGGCGUCGUCACUGCUUUGGUUCUGUAAGAACCUGCUUGGUGAGCGCUCCUUUUCCUCACCAACACUGGAAACCGCCGGGUGGGUGAAAUGUAACUCGAAAAGUGAUGUCAUCCCUAUUCUUCUUCAAAUGAUACUUGUUCUUUAUUACAUGGGAAAAUGAAAGUAAAUCUUCAUAUUUGAACACCGGUGGCGUCCGCCGCAUCGACCAAGUAACUGGCCAUCUGAAAAAUUGGCCAGAAAUAAGACAAUGGGAAAAUCAAAAAUCAAAACAACAUGUUAUCCGUUUUAAAAUGAUUUCCGAGAAUUGUCAAAGCAAUUGACUUUUCACCCACCCUGCACAAUUACGAAGGAGUAUCAGGCCCACACAGAAAAGAAAAUCCUUGCUUUUAGGACAAGAAAGUCGUAACGUUGUGAGAGUUAAGUUAUAAUAUUAUGACAAUAAUCACCAAAGUUAACAAAUAUUGACUGCUAUGGCCUGACUAAUAUAUGGCAGAUUUUCACAGUUACUGAUUGAAAUGUAUAUUUCAUUUGAAUAUUUGUAGAAGGUACCUUUGUAAUAAGAGUCUCUUGCGUUCCGCUUAUCCUCACACGGGUCGCGGGCGCCGCUGGGGCCUAUCCCGGCAAUCUUCGGGCGUACACCCGGAACUGGUCGCCCAAUGGCCAAUGGCAGGGCACAUCUUUGUAAUAUUGUGACUUUGUCUUUCUGUGUCUUCCUAAUACUCCUUCCUAACAAUAAAUCUUUCCUAACAAACAGAAAAUGAAAUGUUACAGUGAAGAAUGUGAAUUGCGAGGUUAUCGACCUGACGAUAAAUGUAUGUGUGUGUUUGCGUAUGCAUUGGAGCUCUUCGGAAGCCUCCGACUUUUUAUUUUCCCAUGCGUCAUUUGAAGAUUUCGACGACAGUCCCCAUAAAAUCCUAUCCGAGUAAUGUGCAGGAAUUCUUGAGCAGAUUUCGCUUCCUUUUUAACGGGAGGACGUAGUUGGCUCCUUUUCAAGUGUUGUUGUGAAAUCUGCCUUCUCUGUCAGGUGUCAUCUUACCGAUAGAGGAAGCUUGGAUACGAGGGAGUCCUAUUUUGAGAGAGAUGAUAUGGGGCAAAAAAACCAAAAACAAUCAUUUGCUCUCCUCUGGCAUCAGAUGAGAAAUGAGAGAAGGGUCAUGACUUUUUCCUUGUUCAUUUUAGCCCCCGGUCGGGAUGCAUUUAGCUCAGGCCCGUCUUAACUAGAUGAUUCAGAGCGGUGAAAUAUUUAUUAUGACUGUGAGAUUCCCUUGAAUGUACUGCACUUAAAUUACUGCGAUGUGUUAUUGCCUUGUGGGAUUCAAGUGAAAGAGAAAACAAUUGGAUCAGUGCGGCAGACCUAUGGUCUUGAUUAGCAUUUCUUUUGUCAGUGGAAUUUCAAUGCUAAAUUCAAUUUAUUAAAUAAAGUGAGAGCCGGAGCUUUGUUGUGGGAAAAUACUGGCAUCAGUCUAGAUUUAUGAAGUGCAAUUAUUAUGACUGUAUGAACAUUUUUUUUUUCUCUGAGCUUACACCAAAAAAAAAAAAACACACAAAAAAAAAAUGUAAACUACAGUUGUCAAUACAUUCCCAAUGUACCACAUCCCUAAUCCCUAUCCUUUUUGUUUUGUUUUGUUUUGUUUUGAGGUGUAAAAUAAAUUUCUUUAAGAAUA